AUCAAGUUAGUUGACAACUCAACCAAAUGUCAAUCAAAACUAGACGUUGAACUGGUGUCUGUGCCCAGUGGGAGAGGUGUGGUUCUGGUGAGUUCCCGACAGAGUAGACCAUGACAUCCUGACUAUACAGGAGAAGCAGCACGUGUGAAAGUCCCUCUCAUACUCCCAGUGAGCGCUCCCAGCUGUCCCCCAGUACCACAUGCUGUCUGGCUGCUACUGGGGGUUCAACAAUAGCUCAGUCCUAUUGCCCCAGAGACCACUGCCGAGCAGAGUAGAGAGCACAGAUAAGCAGAGAGAGACCAUGUUGGGAUAGGAUCUAGUCUGUUACAAGAUUACUCUGAGGCCCAGAGUAGAGCAGAACAGAGUAGAACAGACUAGAGAAGAGAAGAGUAGAACAGGGAAGAGAACAGAGCAGGUUAGAGGACUCCAACUGCCGUUUGGUUGACAACCCCACCCAGGUUAUAAAGAUAUAAACAGUCAUAGAAAAUAUAAACUGUCAUAUUAUUUAACCGAUGUUUUAUUUGAAGGUACACCCUCUUCUUGUUGGGAUUCUGGUUGUUUUAGCAGGUUCCGCCAGGUGUUCAGAAGAUGAGACACGUCUGGUUAAAACCCUGUUCACCGGCUAUAACAAGGUGGUCCGCCCUGUCAAUCACUUCAGAGAUCCGGUGGUGGUGACCGUAGGCUUGCAGCUCAUCCAGCUCAUUAGUGUGGAUGAAGUCAAUCAAAUUGUGACCAGUAAUGUGCGUCUGAAACAGAUAUGGGAGGACGUGAAUCUGAAGUGGAACCCUGAUGAUUAUAGUGGAAUUAAGAAGAUCAGAAUCCCUUCUACAGACAUCUGGCGUCCUGACCUCGUGCUCUAUAACAAUGCAGAUGGAGACUUUGCAAUCGUCCAUGAGACCAAGGUGCUGCUGGAGCACACAGGUCUGAUCACCUGGAACCCUCCGGCCAUCUUUAAGAGCUACUGUGAGAUCAUUGUGCUUCACUUCCCCUUCGACCUGCAGAACUGCAGUAUGAAGCUGGGGACAUGGACCUAUGACGGCAACCUGGUAGUGGUCAACCCGGACAACGACCGGCCUGACCUGAGUAACUUCAUGGAGAGUGGUGAGUGGGUGAUGCAGGACUAUAGGAGCUGGAAGCACUGGGUGUACUAUGCCUGCUGCCCUGACACACCCUACCUGGAUAUCACCUACCACUUCCUGAUGCUGAGGCUGCCUCUCUACUUCAUCGUCAACGUCAUCAUCCCCUGCAUGCUGUUCUCCUUCCUGACUGGACUGGUCUUCUACCUUCCCACUGACUCUGGUGAGAAGAUGACCCUGUCUAUCUCUGUCCUGCUGUCUCUGACUGUGUUUCUGCUGGUCAUCGUGGAGCUCAUCCCCUCCACCUCCAGUGCAGUGCCUCUCAUUGGGAAGUACAUGCUCUUCACCAUGGUCUUCGUCAUAGCCUCCAUCGUCAUCACCGUCAUCGUCAUCAACACACACCACCGCUCUCCCAGUACACACACAAUGCCCCAGUGGGUCCGCAAGAUUUUCAUCGACACCAUCCCCAAUUUCAUGUUCUUCUCGACCAUGAAGCGUCCAUCCAGGGACAGGCAGGAGAAGAGGAUCCACCCGGCUGACUUUGACAUCUCCGACAUCUCGGGCAAGCCUGCCCCUGCCUCUGUCACCUUCCAGUCCCCCAUCACCAAGAACCCGGACGUCCGCAGCGCCAUCGAGGGGGUCAAGUACAUCGCAGAGACCAUGAAGUCUGAUGAAGAGUCCAACAAUGCUGCUGAGGAGUGGAAGUUUGUAGCCAUGGUCCUGGAUCACAUCUUGCUGUGUGUGUUCAUGGCUGUGUGUAUCAUCGGCACCAUGGGAGUGUUCGCUGGACGCCUCAUUGAGCUGAGCAUGCAGGGCUAAAGGAGAGGCCUAGCCGGAGUCAUCGAGCUCUGGCCACACCCUGGUUCUCCUGCUCGCUCCGACACCUGUCUGCUGUGCCUCUACCCCGACUCAUCUGGAAAUGACAAUCAAUCGAUUAAUUGGAUCGUUGAUUGAAUGUAACUGGUCCAGUGAGGUGUUGUUAUUGUUAGCUUCUUUUGUGCAUGGAGAUUACAGUUGAAAAUAUGGACAUUCACGGCACUCGGUGUUGAGAAGGUGUCCCGCUGUCAGCUGUCUGUGACUUGAUGGAUGGUGUUUAAGGAACGAUGGUUAACCUACCUAACGAGGGGAUUCCUUUAUUUCUAACCAUCCUUCCUCACGUGGAACGAAGGAUGCAGAGUAUGUUGGUUUAACAAACUCUGCAUAAUGGCUCUGAUUGGGAGCACUCUGGCACUCUUAUGGCACUCUGGAUGAGGGAGGUCACAUUAUGGUACUGUGGAUGAGGGAGGUCACAUUAUGGUACUGUGGAUGAGGGAGGUCACAUUAUGGUACUGUGGAUGAGGGAGGUCACAUUAUGGUACUGUGGAUGAGGGAGGUCACAUUAUGGUACUGUGGAUGAGGGAGGUCACAUUAUGGAACUCUGGAUGAGGGAGGUCACAUUAUGGUACUGUGGAUGGGGAGAUCACAUUAUGGUACUGUGGAUGAGGGAGGUCACAUUAUGGAACUCUGGAUGAGGGAGGUCACAUUAUGGUACUGUGGAUGGCGGAGAUCACAUUAUGGUACUGUGGAUGAGGGAGGUCACAUUAUGGUACUGUGGAUGAGGGAGGUCACAUUAUGGUACUGUGGAUGGCGGAGAUCACAAGCAGCUGGUAGUGCAUCUCGCCAUUGUUGCAUGAUCAUGAUUGACUAUCAGAAGAUCAGUUUGAAUGAGUUUCUCAACGUUGAUUUAGAAGUGUUCCAGUCUUGUGGAUGUGCUGUUGCUUAUUCAAUACAGAUGAGAGUGCAGGGGCUGCUGGGAAACUACAUGAUGUUUUAUCUUGUCUGAUGUUAGGGUUUUCUCUCCUCCUUCUGCCAAAUGUCAUCAUGGUUCUAUUUUUAGAUUUGGUUAGAUGUAAAAAAUAAAAUCUACUUCCAGAUAA